AUCACUACCCACCAGAGCCCGGAUGUGUGGACACACUUGUUGAAGUGGACUUUGUAGAAAGUGUAACCUCAGACUCAAGAAGCUAGCGUCGCGUGGGAACAGGAAGAAUACGGAGACGGAACUCGGCCACACGGAGGGAGUCGCAGUGACUCUUCAUGGAGACUAAACGGUGUGUUUCAUAACCCACUAUGUCCACGUGACCCUGUCCGAGCGACUCUGUCUUGUUCCGCUUCAUUGGAAACGUCCGCAUUGUCUCCUCGUGUCCUGCGGAGCUCUUGAUGUCAACGUGUCAGCAGGAGAUACACGGACCCGAGCGGAGCCGAGCAACACCGAGCGAGUCCGAGAGCUUGAAGCGUUUUUAACGGAGUAGUCUGAAGGAAACGUUUCUGUGAGCCCGUGAACAUGUCUAAAGCACAAAUGCUGAGACGUUUAGUCAACCAGCGACUAGCUGCGGCUGCUGAAGAGAUAUGUGGGCUGUUUGAAAGAACGAUAGCAGAGUACGAGGAGGAACUUUCUAGUUCAAAAGAGGAGAACGAGCAACACCGGAAACUACUGGACUCUGUGUUGAGCCCGGAAUUCCGGUUGAAAGGAGCAGACGUCCAGCAGCUAUUGGUGGUUAAAGAAGAGGUUCUUUCUGAGCAGCAGGUCUGGAGCUCCAGUCUGGACCAGGUGCAUCCAGAGUCCCCCCACAUUAAAGAGGCACAGGAGGACAAGGAGGACCCAGAGCCCCCCCACAUUAAAGAGGAACAGGAGGAACUGUGGACCAAUCAGGAGGGAGAGCAGCUUCAAUUGCUCGAGGACGCUGGUCUCAAGUUCUCAUUCACGACUGUGAAGAUUGAAGCUGACGAAGAGGAAGCUCAGUCCUCUCAGGUUCAUCAAAGACAAACAGAACACAUGUUAACUCAUACAGGAGAGACACCUUUUAUCUGCUUGGUCUGUAAAAGUUAUUUUACAGAGGGAGGAACUUUGAAGAAACAUAUGUUAACUCACACAGGAGAGAAACCUAUCAGCUGCUCAGUCUGUGAUAAAACCUUUAACCACAAGUCAAAUAUGAUGGGUCACAUGCGGACUCACACAGGAGAGAAACCUUUCAGCUGCUCAGUCUGCAAUAGAUCUUUUGCACGGCGCAGUCAUUUAAAGACUCACAUGUUAACUCACACAGGAGAGAAACUUUUCAGCUGCUCGGUCUGUAAAAGAUCUUUUACACUGAGGGCUCAUUUAAAAAGUCAUAUGUUAACUCACACAGGAGAGAAACCGUUCAGCUGUUCGGUCUGUAAAAGAUCUUUUACACUGAGGGCUCAUUUAAAGAGACACAUGUUAACUCACACAGGAGAGAAACCUUUCAGCUGCUCAUUCUGUGAUAAAACCUUUAACCACAAGUCAAAUAUGAAGGGUCACAUACUGACUCACACAGGAGAGAAACCUUUCAGCUGCUCAGUCUGCAAUAGAUCCUUUGCACGGAGCAGUCAUUUAAAGAGUCACAUGUUAACUCACACAGGAGAGAACUAAUUUGAGUUCUAUAUUUGGUAAAGUUGACAUUUAUUGACAGUGACUCACUUCCAACUGGGAGGACUCUAUCCACUAACUACGAAGCCAUCUCCAGUAAAAGAAUAUUAUCUGGGCAUAGAAGUCACCGUGUUUGUUUAGUUUAGGUUUACCUGCCCUGUUAAUUUGUCAUCAGGUAUUUUAUGAACCCCUGAUUGUUCCUGUUGUGCUUGUAGCUGCUGUCAUAGCGUUCCAGUCUGCUGAGCUUUGUUGAGUUCCUCCACCAAGAAUAUGUCGGAAUGUAUUUCAUCAGUUAUCGGUCCAGUGACGUGCAUUUUGUGUGAUACAAUUACAGUUACUGUACUUUCCUGGUGCGGUGAGGAACUGA